AUAUAAAUAAACUUUAUUUUCCCCAUUUUGCAGGGGUCUGCAAGCAAAAACCCUUCAUUUAUCUCACUUCAUGCAAACACAACUCAAGCCACCAUUAUGCUUUCUCCAUGCACAAUCACGUACUCUUUGCUUUCAUCUUCUCUCAAAUCCUCAAUUUCUCACAACUCUCUUCCUCUCUGCAAAUGCAUUCAUGCACAAAUCAUCAAGCUUGGCUUCUUGUUCCAUACCAAUCUUGUCAAUCCCCUCCUUGGUUUCUACUCCAAAUUCUAUAGUUUCGAAGACACACGCAAACUGUUCGAUGAAAUGCCUGAAAGAAACUUAAUUUCUUAUUCCAUAUUGAUUUCUGCUCAUUCUCGGUGUAAAAGCCCGAGACUUGCUUUGAAACUUAUGUCUGAGUUGCGCAGGGAAGCAUUGGAGCCCAACCAGUUUGUGUUUUCGGGUUUGGUUGUAGCUUCUGCAAAGUUGGAUUCAGUUGUUGUUGGGAAGGGAAUUCAUGCUCAAGUAAUUGUAUCAGGUUUUGAAUCGGAUGUGUAUGUGAGGACAGCUCUAAUUGAUAUGUAUUCGAAAUUUGGUGAUGCGAGCUCGGCUGUGUCAGUUUUACGCCAGUGUCCUGUUGAGGAUGCUGUCAUGAUAAAUUCAAUGGUGACAGGGUAUGUGAGUUUUGGGUCUUAUGAGGAAGCUUUAAGGCUUUUUGGAGAAGUUAGGAGGGGUUCUGAAUUUAAGGUGACAGAGUCUAGUUUUGGAGGCUUGAUUAAGGCGUGCUCGGAGUUGGGAAGAGAUGUUGGAGAGCAACUUCAUGGGCUUAUAUUGAAGACUGGCUUUGAUUCUGAUUGUUUUGUUGGGACUUCUCUUGUUGAUAUGUAUGGAAAUUUUGGGGAUGUGGAUUGCAUGAAGAUGGUUUUUUUGAGUGUUGUUUGCAUUGAUAUUGCUUUGUACAAUGCAAUGAUUGUUGGUUGUUUGAAGAAUGGCUUUGAUGAAUUUGCAGUGGAGUAUUUUCAUGAACUGAGAUCAAGAGGCUUAGUCCCAAAUGACGGUACUUUCUCUAGUUUGCUGAAGGCUUGUAGUGUUCUGAAGUCUCUUGAGUUGGGAAGGACAACUCAUGGGCUUGUGGAGAAGUCCAGUUUCCGCAAAGAUUUAGUGGUCAACACUGCUUUGAUUGAUAUGUACAUGAAAUGUGGUAAGGUUGAAGAGGCAUGUACUGUUUUUGAUCGAAUGAGGGACAGGAACACGGUCUCCUACAAUGCCAUGAUUUAUGGGCACGGACAGAAUGAAAAUUUUCUUGAGGCAGUGAGCUUGUUUUCUGACAUGAACCGUAGGCGAUUGGAUAUUGAUCAUGUUACCUUUGUUGUCUUGUUAACUUCGUGUUUGGGACACGAAUGGAGUGUUUAUGCCCAUGCAAUCAAAUAUGGUUAUGGAUCAGACUUGAUGGUGACAAGCGCUCUUUUGGAUACUCUAAUCAAAAGGGGUGCAACUGAUGAGGCUUUAGAUCUUUUUGGUAAGAUGAAAAUAAAUAAUGUUGUCUCAUGGACUACGAUUAUAUCAGGGAUGUCACAAUUGGGACUUCAUUUGAAAGCGCUAAACCUCUUUAGAACAAUGAUUUCCUCCUCGAUAACUCCCAACAGUUUCACAUUCUCUGCUGUCUUAAAGGCUUGUGGUAGUUUGCCUAGUCUAGAGCAAGGAAGAUGCAUUCAUGCUUGCAGCAUCAAGCUCGGUGUCAUGGAUGAUGAAUUCACCGACAGUGCUCUACUAGACAUGUACUCAAAAUGUGGAAUUUUGGAAGAUGGAAGAAAAUUGUUUGAAAAACUCAGUAAUAAGGAUAUAGUUUCUUGGAAUACAAUGAUCACCGGAUAUGCCCAACAUGGAUAUGGCCAGGAAGCUCUCAAGCUCUACGAUAGAAUGGAAGUGUAUGGCAUUAGUCCAAAUUAUGUGACAUUUGUUUCCCUUUUAUCUGCAUGCAGCCGAUGCGGGCUUGUAGAAACUGGGAAGCAGCUCUUUGAGCUGAUGUCUACUAAGCAUGGAAUAUCACCAUCCAUGGAGCACUAUGCUUGCAUGGUUGAUAUGUUUGGCAGAGCAGGUAUGUUGGAUAGAGCUAAACAUUUCAUCACAGAUAUGCCAUUUCCGGCCGAUGCAUUAGUAUGGACGGUAUUUUUGUCCUCUUGCAAGCUUCAUGGUGAUGUAGAAUUAGCUCAACUUGCUAAAAACCAUGUUCUAAGAAUGCAAAAUGAAGAUAAUCCGACACUCGUGCUCAUGUCCGGUUUGUACUCUGAAGCCGGGAAAUGGAUUGAUGCAGAAAAAGUAAGGAAUGGAAUUCAAACAGGAAUAAAAGGAAAAGAGCCUGGAUUGAGUUGGAUUCAAAUUUCAGAAGAGGCUACUUGUAGGAAAAUGGAUGAUAAAUUGAUAAUGAUCGAGCAGUAUGAAUCCAACUUGUAGGACAUAUGACAUCUACUAAUUUUUAUCAAAUAGUCAUGUCUGCUCAAAUUUGAUAAAAACAGACAUUUGAAAGAAUCCUCAACUGAUCAAGGUCAAUUCCUGAGUUCUUAUGGGCCAUUUGGAAAGAGAUUUAGGAAGAGAUUCAACACUGGUAAUCUUAGGACAAUUGAAGAGAACAUUUGCUAGUUGACAGCAUUCGGCUAUCGAUCCUUUUAAAUAAACAACACUUGAAUUAUACUUGUAUAAAGAGGUUAAUGCACUUUCUAGUUCAAGUGAAUCAAGAAUUAAUUUUCACAGAAUCAAUUGCUUCUCCUGCUCAAGGAAAACAGG